AUGUGUUCAUUCUCAAUAAAACAUCUAUUUGGUAUAAAAACCUCGUUAUCAAAUAGUUUAAUAUAUUUAAAUGAAUAUUGUUAUAUAUAUCCAUCAUAUCGACAUGUAAUUUUGUAUAAUAUUGAUUAUAAAUGUCAAUAUUUAAUAAAUUAUGAAAAUGAAUUUGAUAAAUUAGAAUGUUUAUCAUUAAGUUUAAAUAAAGAAUAUUUGGCAAUUGGAUUAAAUCAAUUAAAUAAAUGUCGUAUUAUUCUUUAUAAUCUAAAAGAUAAUUUAAAAAAUCCAAUAAAAGAAAAAAUUCUUUUAUUAAAACAAUCAAUAAAUUGUAAUCAUAUUAUUUCAAUAAUUUUUUCAAAUAAUUCAAAAUAUCUUCUUGCACUUUAUGGUGAACCUGAUUAUAUUUUAGUUUGUUGGUCAAUUCAACAAUUUAAAUCUAUUGGAAUAUUAUCUAUUCAUAUUAAUCAUUCAUAUAAUCCACUUAAUCUACAAAUUUCAUUUAAUCCAAAUGAUUCGUCCCAAAUAAUUUUAACUGGUAAUCAUAUAUUUGAACAAUAUCGUUUAAAUAAUGGUCGAUUAUCUCAAUAUACACAAGAAGAAUUUGAACAAUAUCAAUCAAUAAAUAUAACUUGUCAUUGUUGGAUUAAUGAAAAUCAUAUUUUAUUGGGAUUAGAUUAUGGAUUUAUUUAUAUUAUUAAUAAACAUGGACAAAUUAUACAAAAAUAUAAUCUAACAAAACUUGAUGAAUCAAAUAAUAAUUCAUUUGUAAAUAUAAAAAAUGGAGAAAAUUUAUCAAAAAUGCAAUCAAUAUCUAAAUUAUCAUCCAGAUUAAUAUUAAAUAAAAAAUCUUUAUCUACAACAAAUCUUGAUCAAUAUUCAAAUUCAACAUUUCAUAAUCAUCAAAAUCAAAUUAUUUGUUUAUUACCAUUUUCACGUGGUCUUUUUGUAUCAACUGCAAAUGGAUGUAUUUUUAUGUUUGAAAGAAGUGAAAAUAAUGUUGAUUUAACUUAUUUAAGAAAAUUUGUUUUACCAUCAUCUCUAAUAAACAAUUUAUUUCAUCAAAACUUACGAAGAAAUCCAACACAAUCUGCGCCAAUACGUUCAAUUGAAAAUAUAUUUUUAUCAGAUUUAUCAUUUAAAAAUCAAAGAUCAACAACAAAUGAAAUUAUUCAUUCAUUAGCUUUAAGUCCAAAUGAAGAAACAUUAUUAGCUGCAACUAAUUAUAAUCAUUUAUAUGAAAUUACUUUUUCCAAAAUGGAUUAUAGAAAAAAAGAAGAAAAUAUAUUUACAUACGCAUUGAAUAAUAGUCAUAAUGGAUCUAUAACAACAGGUACAUUAUGUAUUCGUAAAUCAUUAUUAUUUACUAUUGGUAUUGAUCAUCAUCUUAAAAUAUGGAAUUUGCAAACAAAUACUCAAGAAUUAAAUCAUCAAUUUGAUAAUGAACCAUUAUUACUAAGUGUUCAUCCAAGUGGAUAUUUCGUAUGUAUUUCAUUUUCUAAUAUUCUUAUUAUAUAUACAUAUACAAUUGAUGGAUUAAUUCUAUUUAAACAAUUUCAAAUUUCUCAUAUUGAAUGUAUUGAAUAUAGUAAUGAAGGACAUAUAUUAGCUAUUGGAUAUUCAAAUAUUCUUCAAUUUUAUAAUCAUAAGAAUUAUGAUGAAAUUAUCUCUGAAAGAAUCAAUGAGAAAAAAUUUCGAUUAAUUCGUUGGGCUCAUGAUGAUUCAUUUUUACUUAGUAUUGAUUUCAAUGAUUUUAUUAUUCAAUGGAAUCCAUAUACAGGUCAAUGUUUAUCACAAUAUCGAAUUGAAGAUUUCAGUAUAGAAGAUUUAAUUUUAACAUCAGAUAAUAAAUUAGCUUAUUUAUUAACUAGUGAUAAAAAAAUUAAAGAAUUCAUAUUAAUGACAAAUAUUCGUGAUAUAAAUAUUCCAUUUAAUGAUUGUAUUCCAACAACAUUAGCAAUAAAUAACAAAACACGUUCUUUAUUUAUUGGAUCACAAAAUGGAUCAAUUUAUUCUUUUAAAUUAACACAAACAAAUUCAAUUAUUGAUACAAAUCAUUUAAACUAUGUUCAUCAAGGAGCAAUUAAGAAAGUUUUAAUAUCAAUUAAUGAUGAUUUAUUUCUUUCAAUGGGAGAAGAUGGAAAUGUAAUAAUAUAUAAUUUAAAUGAUUAUCAACAAAAUAAAGAAUCAAAAAUAAUUUAUCGUGAUGAAAUUCUUGCAAAAGAAAUUCUUCUUAAACAACAAAAUAUUGAAUUAAAUUAUUUAUUAGAACGUCAAAUAGAAAUCAAACAUGAAUAUGAAAAUAAAAUUGAAAUAAAAGAUACAGAAUAUAUUGAACAUUUAGAUCAACUUGAUCUUCAUUGUCAAUCAAUUAUUAAUGAAAUGAAUAUUAAAAUAAAAGAUUUACAACAAAAGAAAUUUCAUUUACAAAAUCAACAUGAACAACAAUUAAAUUUAUUAAAUGAAAAUAAACUAAAUAAUAUGAAUGUUUAUAUAGAUGAUAAAAGUAAAUAUUAUAAUGAAAUUCUUGAUCGAAAUCAAUUUAUUAAAUCUAAAAUUGAAAAUUUCAAAACAAAUAACAAUUUCCAAAUCCAAUUAACAAAUGAUUUAUAUCAACGAAAUAUUGAAUUAAUUCAUUUAUCAUACAGAGACAAAAUUAAUAAUAUUAAAAACAAAUUUUCUCAAGAUCGUCAAUGUAUAAAUGACCGUAUUAAUGAUUUAGAAGAAAUAAAAUCUAUGUCGAAUGAAAAUGCGGAAAUUGAAUUAAGAAAUAUUCAUGAAUAUUAUUUAAGUAAAUUAAGAACAAUUGUUGAUAAAAUUGAAAAAUUAGAAAAUGAAGAAGUUUUAUUAAAAACACGACUUGAACAACUUGAAGAAGAAUCAAAUCGUUAUGAAAAUCAAAUGAAAGAAUAUUCAAUAGAACGAAAUAAACUUAUUGAUUCAAUUAAACAAAUUGAUAAUGAUUUAAAUUUAGCGAAACAAACAUUUCAACAAAGACAUUUUAUUAUUCAAGAAAAAUUAAAACGUACUAAUGAAAUGGAAAAUCGAGGAGAAGAAUUAGAAAAAUUUGCCUAUGUUUUUAAUUAUAAAAUUCGUGAAUUAACAAGUCAAAUAGGUCCUCGACAAUAUGAAGUUCAAGCUUUAAUUGAACAAUUUAAUAAUAUGGAUAAUGAAUAUGAUUUAUUAAAUCAAAAUAAUGAAAAAUAUUCAAUUAAAAUAGCUGAUUAUAAAGCUAGAUUAAAAGCAAUUGAAAAAGAUUUACAAAAACAAACUUUUCUUAUUAGAAAAUUAAAUGAAACAUCUGCAAAUAUAAAAGAAGAUUUAAAAUUAUGUUGUCAUUUAAUUGAUCAACCAAAACAAAUUACUAAAAUUAUUCGACAAAUUUAUGGAAAAUAUAUUCUAAAUAUUCAUUCAUUUUAUCGUCUUAUUCGAAUUGCUUAUUUUCAAAAUCGGCGAUUUCAAUCUUUAAAAUUAUAUCUAGUUUUACCAAUUAUAGAAAUGAUAAUAAUAUCUAUUCUUCUAUGUGUUCUUAUACCUUUGAAUGGUAUAAGAUAUUCGCCAAAUGAUCACUUUUGUAACAUAGCAUACAUGAAUAUUCCUAGUGUUCUUUGGGCACUGCCUAUUGUUUAUGUGUGUCCAUUUUGUUGUUUGUUAUUUAUUUAUAUGUAUAUAACAAGAUUUAUUCAUCAACAAGGAACUAUUCAAACAUUAAUAAUCAAACGACGACAAUCUCGAGAUUUCCUUAUUAUUCAACGAAUUUUAUCUAUUGUUAGUUUAUUACUUAUUCUUUCAAUACCUUCAUUGAUUCUUAUAAUUAUGUCUCUGAUACGAGGCGAAGAACAUCCAUUACUUACGCGAAUUUCAUAUUUUCCAGUUAGUGUAUCUCAAAUGGGAUUAAGCGUAGCAUUACUUUUUUGUAUUCCGCAAUUGAAAAAUAUUGUUUUGAACUUACGAAAACCAAGCACAGUGACUCCUGUCAGUCGAGUUGUGCGAGGCACAUUACAAAUGAGAACAAUUGUUGGUACUCAGUAA